AAGAAUUAAAAAAUCAUUUGACACUAAACCGUGUGACGUUUGAUAUUUGAGUGUUUGUUUGAUGCAUUUUUGAUUUUUAUUUACACAUAUUAUAUUCUGCAUUAGUUUUUUACAUAAAAAAUAUAAAAAACAGGACCAUGGUUGAAGGCAAGUGUACGUUCGGCUCGAGGAUGCCGAUUGACAUCCACAUGCUCAACGAGAUCAUCUCCAGGGAGGUCAAACACUUCAAGAACUACAAGAUCUACAGGCCCAAUUUUGGCUCGAUACCCGUCACGGGCAAGUUUUACGCUUCACACGACCAGCACAAAGAGGAGUCCACGGAACAAGAGGAGAAGGUGAAGACGUACCACCAAAACGUGGCCCAGACCAGGGCCAAGGGGCCUCGAAGCAAGUACCCCGCGCCGGUCACAGAGAACCAGGUUUACGGCUGGUACUUCAAGCCGCUGGUUCCUAUGGACCGCAACGACCGCCGCUUCUACAACCCGAAGAAGGAGAGCAGUCACACAAAGGUCGAAAUCAUCAUCCUGAUGGCCAAUCCGAAGAAACGACCUUAACAACUCUCUCUCUCUCUCUCUCGUCUAGCAAUAGAGCCCACUAUCUGCUUCUACUUUUUCUUCUCCACUUCGCACGAUCUUCAGCAUUCUUAUAUGUUCGACGAUAAUUAGCACGCAUUUUAUCCUUGACGACACCAAGCCAUACAUAAAUGAUUGUGUAAAAUAAAUAAUCAAAUUGUGUUUCAAUCAAAAACUAUAAAUAUACACAAUUAUCGAGUGACAAAAUUUGUUUCUCUCCGGA